CAAAAGCGUUCCAGCUCUACAAAACGUGUAAGAUAGUUCUUUCUGCAUAACGAUCUAUGCUGUAAAAAAAUUGCGUUGAUUGCACCGGACCUAGCCCAGCCGAUGCUGCCUUAGAAGAGAACACAAGGACUAACCUUCUUAAGAAUCGUGUGCAAAGAAAAAAGAUUGAUCCGUUUGUGGCAUUCCACUUAGGAGACGGCGAGAAUAGCAGAGCAACGGGUGGGAACCGUCCGAAUUAUCGAUGCCCCCCACCAGCUGCAAGGAGACUACAGUCUUCCGUAGCAAGUUGAGAAUGAGUUAGGGUAUGUUUGCAAUUAAAGGGGGGAAUUUCGGGGAAAGAGAUCUCCACAGAAGGCAACGAGAAGCAGAGAGGAUGCCAGUGUGGUUCCUCAAGGCAGUGAGAUAGGCUUGAGGCAGGCCGUCUGUCAUGGUUGAGGCGCGGUCUGCCGUUGCGCAAGCCAGAGAAUGGCAUGGGAUCCAAAAAGCCCAGGAGCGGCUGCCCAUUGCAGAGGCGCGCAAGCAGCUGAUUGAUCUGGUGAAGGCCCACCAGACACUGGUGCUUGUUGGCGAGACGGGGAGCGGCAAGUCAACACAGCUGCCGCAAUUCUUGCAUAGAGCAGGCCUGGCAGAGGGGAAAAGCAUUGCCGUGACACAGCCUCGGCGGGUGGCAGCUAUUGCCGUUGCCCGACGAGUCGCACAGGAGAUGGGGGUCCAACUCGGGGCUGAGGUGGGCUAUGCGGUUCGUUUUGAUGACCGGAGUUCAGCCGCAACGCGCAUCAAGUACUUGACGGAUGGCAUGCUCGUGCGAGAGGCCCUCAUAGACCCCACCCUCUCCCGUUACAAGAUUGUGGUGCUGGAUGAAGCCCACGAACGCACGCUACCGACCGAAAUCCUCUUUGGCCUCAUGAAGCAGAUCCAGGCUCAGCGGAAGGGGGGGAUGAAGCUCAUAAUCAUGUCGGCCACACUGGACGCUGCAAAGUUUGCGCACUUCUUCGACGGUGCCAAAGUGAUCUACCUGCAGGGACGGCAGUUCUCCGUGGACACUAUGUAUGUGCCGGAGCCAGUGGACAGCUAUCUGGAUGCCGUGCUGCGCACCGUGCUGCAAAUCCAUGUGGAUGAGCCUGAGGGUGACAUUCUGGCCUUUCUGACUGGCCAGGAGGAAAUAGAGACCCUGCAGCGCCUCAUCCCUGAGAGGUUGCCGCAGCUGGAGGGCGCUGAGAGCCUUGGGAAGCUUCUGGUGGUGCCCAUCUACGCAGCGCUGCAACCAGAGCAGCAGGCCAAAGUCUUUGAACCCACGCCUGCAGGCAUGCGCAAGGUGAUCCUGGCCACCAACAUAGCGGAGACGUCCAUCACAGUGCCGGGCGUGCGCUACGUGGUGGAUGCAGGCUUUGUCAAGGCGCGCAGCUACAACGCGCGGCUGCAGUCCGACUCGCUGCAGGUGGUGCCCAUCUCCAAGGCCCAGGCCCGCCAGCGCAGCGGCCGCGCUGGGCGCGAGGCGGCGGGCAAGGCAUUCCGGCUGUACACGGAGGCAGCAUUCCUGGGCCUGCAGGCGGCGAGCGCGCCGGAGAUCCAGCGCGUAAGCCUGGCGUCGCUGGUGCUGCAGCUGAAGCAGCUGGGCGUGGCGGACAUGACGGCGUUCCCUUUCAUGGACGCGCCCCCCAAGGCAGCUCUCCUGCGCGCGCUCGAGCUGCUGCUGGCUCUGGGCGCACUCGACGCCGACGGCGCCCUCUCAAAGCCGCUGGGCGCGCAGCUCGUGCGGCUGCCGCUCGAGCCGGCCUUCGGCAAGCUGCUGCUGUCAGGCGGAGCAAUGUCCUGCAGCGAGGAAGCGCUGUCUGUGGUGUCGAUGACAAGCACAGACCCAGUGUUUCUGAAUACAAGGAACAAGCAGGAGGCGGCGACAGAAAUGCGUAAGCAGUUUCUGUCCCCACUCGGCGACCACAUCACCCUUCUGAAUGUCCUGACAGCGUACAUGAAGGUUCCUUCUGGGUUUCCUAAGAAUGAGAGAGGCCGGUGGUGUGGGGAGCGGCUGCUGAAUGCGCGCUCCAUGCGCAAAGCGCUGGAGAUCCUUGAGAAAGCAGUGAUUGAAAGUAAGAAUGACCUCUUGCUGGGGGUGCAGGUGCCUCUGAAGAGUUGCGAGAAUGACAUGGACCCGCUUCAACGCGCCAUUUUGUCCGGCCUCUUCAUGCAUGCCGCCAUUCUGCUGCCUGACAACACAUACAAAGUGAUUGCGAGCGGCCAAAUAGUGUCCAUCCACCCCUCGUCUGUGCUGAGCGGCCGCAAGCCGCGAUGCAUUGUAUUUGAUGAGAUCCUCAGAACUACACGCAACUAUGCGCGAAACGUGACCGUGAUGGAGCCCUCAUGGCUGCCAGAGGUGGUGCCAGCCUUCUUCAGAAAAAUGGAAUCUUCAGGAAGUCUUUGA